AUGACUGGGAACAUUCUUAUAGCUUCAGUAGUUCUGACUAAUUCUCACCUUCAGAAGCCAAUGUACUUUUUUCUGACCAACUUAUCCAUUUUGGAGACUUGCUACACUUCAGCAAUCCUUCCUAGGAUUUUGGCCAGCUUUAUAAGUGACUAUCAUAGGAUUUCUUUUAGUGGAUGCUUCAUCCAGUUCUAUUUCUUUGCUACUUUGGCUACAGCUGAGAGCUACCUCUUGUCUGUAAUGUCUUAUGACCGAUAUGUAGCUAUAUGCAAACCACUCUAUUAUGUUACCCUCAUUAAUAACAAGAUGUGUGUUCAAUUGUCCAUUACUUCAUGGAUGAUUGGCAUUGUGGCUAGUGCAUUUACAACAUUCUUUGCUUCCCAGUUGAACUACUGUGGCCCCAAUGAAAUUGACCAUUUCUUCUGUGAUUAUGCACCAUUGUUAAGGCUCUCAUACAGUGACACUCAGCAGACAGAAAUGGUGAUGACCAUCUUGGGUUCUGUAUGUACACUGCCACCAUUGUUGUUCACACUGGCCUCAUAUGUAUGCAUCAUCAACACCAUUUUGAGAAUACCUUCAAACUGUGGCAGGAGCAAGGCAUUCUCUACUUGUUCCUCUCACCUUAUUGUGGUCUCUAUUUUCUAUGGAACCCUCAUCACUGUGUACAUAUUACCAAAGACUAAGAAACUGCAGGAUCUGAACAAAGUCUUUUCUGUUUUCUACACAAUCUUGACUCCCAUGAUCAAUCCAUUUAUAUAUACACUGAGAAACAGGGAAUUUAAAGAGGCUUUUAGAAAGACCAUGACUAAAUUUCUAUCUUAA